AUGAUUCUCGACAAAGUAACAUUCUACAACUCACCUGUCGCCAGGAGCAGCAAAAUAGCUGCCGACACAAUCAUGGCGGAGCCAAAGUUAGCUGCAGUCGUGCUUCGACUUCACUAUGACCGCGUUGCACUUAGGAGCGCACCGGAGCGCGGGCGCAGGUAUACUGGCCGUCGGCCGUCGUUAGACGAUUCGGCAGAGCCACGCACCACUUCUGCGCUCGGGCCUUAG